CCAGCCUUCGUUGUCCUGGCUGUCGUUUGGGGUUGGUUUGUACAUAGGCCAGUGGAGUUGGUCUAUUUUGUCUCGUUUGCUUGUUUACGCCACCCUUUUUGUUUUUGCGCCUGUUUUGGAGCUUUAACUCCCCAUGCCCGUUCCUGCUGUGCAGGUAAUCCAGACGAAGACCAUCUUGAUCCUGCAAUAGGCCCACAAUCAUGGGCAUUAAAGGUCUCCAUGGUCUUCUCAAAUCAAUCCAAAAGCCAUGUCACUUGAAGAAGUUCGAUGGCCAGACACUGGGAGUGGAUGCGUAUGGGUGGCUGCACCGGGGUACAGUUGCAUGUGCAGUUGAUCUGGUGCUUGAUAAGCCUACGACUAAGCACAUCGACUUCGUCCUAAACCGUGUCCGCAUGCUUCUUUAUUUUGGCGUCACACCAUACCUUGUCUUCGACGGCGAUGAUCUACCGAGCAAAUCCGGAACCGAGUCUGAUCGUCACCAACGACGACAGCAGAGCAAGGCUCUUGGGUUGGAACUUCAACAAAAAGGACGAAUGGCGGAGGCAUAUCAAGAGUUCCAAAAGGCGGUGGACGUGACCCCCUACAUGGCCCGCCAAUUGAUCGAGGAGUUGAAGAAGAUGAACGUGCAGUAUGUCGUGGCACCAUACGAGGCUGAUGCGCAGUUGGUGUACCUGGAGCGCCAUGGUAUGAUCGACGGGAUUAUCUCCGAAGACUCGGAUCUUCUUGUCUUUGGUGCGAAGAGGCUACUAUCUAAACUCGACCAGCACGGUGACUUCAUCGAGAUUAACAGGGCGGACUUUACAGCUUGUCGUGAGGUCAGUCUGAUCGGAUGGACAGACGCGGACUUCAGACGGAUGUGCAUCCUUAGCGGGUGUGACUACCUGCCUAACAUUGCGCGACUCGGGUUAAAAACCGCCUAUCGUUGUAUCAGGAAAUACAAAAACGUGGAGAAGGCCCUUCGAAUGCUUCAGUUUGAAGGGCAGUAUCGUGUUCCGGCGGAUUAUCUCGACAACUUUAAACAAGCCGAACUCACGUUUCUUUAUCAGAGGGUGUUCUGUCCGAAAGCUGGGAAGUUGGCGACUCUCACCCCGCCUGAGGACGAUGUCAACCUAGAUGAACUGCCAUAUAUUGGCGGCGAUGUCGAUGCAGAUAUUGCAGUAGGAGUGGCUCGUGGGGAUCUUGAUCCGAUGACCAAGGAGCCGAUUGUAUUGAAGCCACUUGCCCCGAGCAAGCCUGCGCUCGGCAUCCAACGCCGGCAAACCCUUGGCUCAUCAGCUGAAUUGAAACCGAAACCGAAUAAACCAAUCAGCACUUUCUUCACUCCGAAACGGAUGCCUCUAGCUGAGUUGGAUCCCAACAGCCUGACACCAUCUCCGAGCCAGCAACGGCUCCUAGAACGUUAUUCAAACAGCUCCUGGGACAGCAGUCCUGCGCCAGCAGGGCUAAAUGCUGCUAGAUCAGUGCCGUCUCUCCGUCGCUCUCAGACUACACGAGUUUCAAGCCCAUUGGCAAGAAGUGUGGAACGCAACUCUUUCCUGGCCCAGGCUUCUAAAGCAUCGACCUUCCAGCCAGCGAAGCGACAACGGCUUUGUUCCGAAGUCGAGGAAGGGUCCUUGCCAACUCGCGCCAACUGCCGCAGCCGGUUCUUUGUGCAUAAGGAUGGAGAAUUGAGUCCCAGCGGGCAGAAGAGCAUGAAGUCGGAGAGAGCGCGAAAGUCGACCAUUGGUGUUUUCUCCGACGAUAGUGCUGAGGACAUCAUGUCUGAACUGCCGGAUCCGACCCAGCCAGAUGUAUCGCCCAACUGGACCCAAACUCCAUGCAAAAUGGCUGGCGAGCGGGAAGCUGAUUUGGUGGCGCCAGCCCCUGCUACUCCUACCGCGGAGCCAGCAGAUGAUGGACGAAAAGAAGAGUCUUUUGAAAGCACUACUGUUUCUGAGUCUACCAUUCCUGAGGAUACCGUGCCCGAGCCUACUCCCGAAAAGUCCGUCAGCGUCGACUCGAAAAGCAAAACUUUUCAUCAAGUAUUGAAUUAUCACGUCGAACGACAGAACACAUCUAUACUUUCCAAAUUCGCCUUCAAGCCGAGUGACAGUCCUGGUAUCUCCAGGAAACCUUCCCUUGGGGCAAUGAACGCUCAAUCGCCCCGAACAUCACCUGCAGGCCUCUUAUUGGGGCCCCGCAGAAGCCCAACCCGACGACAACGAUCGACACCCUUGCAGCGCCUGGGACAAAGCGCUCUCUCCCGGUCUCGAUCCAUGAUUCUUCCUGGUAGCAGGACUGUUCCUCCGCCCACCUUUUCCACCUGCAACACAAGUAGCGCAACGGGUCAACGUCUGGACGCGCCCAAAGUCUCUGGCGCUCAGGGAAGCGAAGACAUGAUUAUCCACAACAGCGAGGACGAAAGCGAGGACGACAAUUCUAAUGACUCCGGUGCCAGCCAGGGACCGGUUUCACUUGACCUGAAACAGUUCUCAUUUACCGCAUCGGGGACUACAGAUUAGGAGCAUUGUAUAUGGAUACUUCAGCAUUGUAUGCAGACGGAGUUUUGGGAGUUUAUUGGACAGAUUUUCAUAAUCAUUUUGUAUGGUUUUGCAUUGCGCGGGGCAUAGUAGGUUAUCUUGGACAUUGUUAGACAGCUUGUGCCUGUAUCUAGGUUGGAUCGUUGAUUCAGACGGUGCCAAGGGAGCUCGCAAGGGACGAAUAGGCCCACGAUACAUACUCAAUUUAGAACAGCAGAUCACUCAAAUGUUAUUUUGUCGC